AUGUUUUGGCCCAUUAGGCAUUGCAUCAUCUCAAAGCGAUGCUACCAAAAAACUGGUUAUUUUCAGCCCAAUCGCUUCAAUAAAGAGCUGAUCUUGUCAGUUUUGAAAUCCACUGCAACCAAACGAGAAGCUCAGCAAUAUCUGAAGAAAUAUGGUGAAAGCUCGGUACGCAAUCACUGUUUGCUGAUGGUUCGGGAUCUGCUUUAUCAGAAACCAAAAAAACUUGACCGUUUUGCUGCAACUAUUAAAAAACUACAGAUCCUAGGUGUCAAACCCAUGUUCCUGUUGCAUCCAGAUCAAAAUAUAGAGGACCAGGCAGAAACUCUCGAGAAAUGUCUGAGAAACAAUUCCAUGCAGUCUAUUAUUUUGCCCGAAGCUCUCACUCGUGCUGCUGAUGGGAAACACAGCUGUACCGUGAAAUUUGAUGCACUUCGAGAACUGAUCCCUAUCGUGAAACCACGCAUUUUUGAUGAAGCAACUUGUAUUUCCACCACUGCCACAAAAUUUUUAGAGUUGGCCGAUGAGUUCGUGCAGCACGUUGACUGCAGACUCGAUAAAGUGGUUUUAUUGGGUGACUUGGGCGGUAUCACUUCAGGAGAGCGACACGAUAACGCUCACGUCUUUAUCAAUUUAUCCCAAGAGUACGAUUCGCUAUUUCAGUCUAUGAAACAGAAGCUGGACGCAUCCCGCUCUCAAGCUCGUCAGGAAGCAGAGUUCUCUGCUGAUAAUCUGACCCCGGUUUUUGUUAUAGACCAGUUGCAAGAUAAUAUCCAGCGUCAACAAACGCACUUAGACGAUCUACAAAUCAUGAAUUGCAUACUUUCCAGACUUCCGAUAUCAUCUACAGGUCUCAUCACUGAUUUGAAUGCCGCUUCUAAUCGAGACAAAAACAAUCCACUUUUGUACAAUGUACUGACCGAUCGUUCACAGAUCUCUUCUUCCCUACCGCGGUUCAAAAAGGAAAAGCAGCUAAGCUCUUCAUGGUAUGAAUUACCAAGUAUCGAUGAUACAACUGGGGACCCAAAAGAUGCUGUUUUAAUGACAACAGUCGUCAAAAAAGGUGUGGAUAUAAAAGUAUUCGAUUACAGGACGCUUACGGAAUCAAACACGACUGGCAUGCCUGUAGUCAGCAGCUUCUCGAGCACUUCCUCGAGUAAGGUUGAUCUAAGGAAACUGAAGCAUAUUAUCGACUCAAGUUUCGGGCGCAAGCUAGACUUGAAUCACUACCUCAAUCGAAUCAAUGGCAGAAUUGCUUCCAUUAUAGUGAUCGGUGACUAUGAAGGGGUCGCAAUACUAACUUACGAAGGUCCUGAUAACAGUCCCUUUCCAUAUCUCGACAAAUUUGCUGUUUUACCUCAUUUGAAAGGCUCACUCGGAAUUUCAGACAUUAUCUUCAAUCUCAUGUUUAAGCGGUUCCCGAAUGAGCUUGUGUGGAGAAGUAGGAAGGAUAACGUAGUGAACAAGUGGUACUUUCAGCGCAGUAUUGGGGUUUUAGAUCUAUCUAUAGAUCUAGGAGGAGGGAACGUACAACCAAGUAUCUUCAAGCUGUUUUUCCAUGGCGAAAACAGCGAUAAUCACUUCAACAAUGCACAGCGGUUGAAAACGUACUCCACUUAUAUCCGGGAUAUAAAACCAAGCUGGGAGUCUUGA